CAUUUUACAAAAGUGUGCUGUGGAAUAUGGAGAAUCGAUCAUAAAAGUAUCACGGCGAUCGGAGACAUUUCUCUUUUCUUCUCUUGCGUAUUGCUACUUUAGUCAACAUGGGGAAAGAGUUUGGAAACCUUUACAAAAUUAAUGGCAUCGUCUACUUUCGUCUAAGUCCAUACGAGCAAAAAGCCUUCAAAGGAUUAAUAUCGGAAGGUGUACCAAAUCUAAUUCGUCGCUUCCAAGGCAGUGUAUUUAAGAUUGCACCUUUUUUCAUGUUUUCCUAUUUGCUCGUGAAUUGGGCGAAUGAAAAGAAUCAUGCUCUUUCUCGCAAAAAUCCCAAGGACUAUGAAAAUGAUACGUAAAUAUAUAUA